UAGUUGUUGGGUUUACUGGUAUACAUAUACACCAAAGAGUGAGGAGUGAUACAAUAAUGAAAACCAUCACAAAAAGUUACAGUAAAGAUCAAUAAUCGAGCUAUAUAUUUUCGCCAACAUGGUUUUGACUAACACAGCUCUGCUAGUCCUAGAUAUGCAGAAAGAUUUUGUUGGUCCAGGAACUCCAGAUUUUGGUCAAGCAAUUAUUCCUUCAGUGAUAAAAGCAGUGGAUAUUGCAAGACAGCGUGGUGUUCUUGUAGUUUGGGUUGUCCGGGAACAUGACCGUCUGGGACGAGAUAUAGAACGCUUCCGCAGACAUAUGUAUGGUGACAACAAAACUGGCCCAGUUGUUAAGGGAAGCAAGGGUGCAGAAUUAGUGGACGGCCUUGAGAUUACCGGAGAUGAUUAUAAAUUAGUGAAGACACGGUUUAGUGCCUUCUUCGCAACAAACCUCCAUUCAUUUCUUCAAAGUUCGGGAAUUGAGAAAUUAGUUGUUGUCGGUGUUCAGACCCCAAAUUGUAUUAGGCAGACUGUUUUUGAUGCGGUAUCAUUGGAUUAUAAAUCCGUUACGGUCAUUAGUGAUGCCACGGCUGCUUCUACAUCUGCAGUACAUGAAGCCAAUAUGGUCGACAUGAAGAAUAUCGGAGUAGCCACACCAACGUUACAGGAAUGGUGUGAAUCUGAUGCAUGAUAGAUGGCGUUGAAAUAUGCUAGCAACAUUUGUUAUUAAUUCUUUAGCGACAUUUGCGAAGGAGCUUCAAGUUUUUCUUCAGUCAAGGUCAAUAGUAGUGUAGCCAGUGUACUCAACUGCAUGAAUAAAAAGCAAGAUAUCAACAAGUUCAGUUGUAGUGUUUUAGAUAAAUGCUGGCCCUGAGAUUCUGCUCUGCUGCCCGGCCGGAAGCAAUAAUUUAGAUGAGACUUGAGAGUGUGGGUUGUUUCUUUUCUCUUGUUUUAGUACUGUCUGGUCUUGUAUAAUUGAACAGAUGUAGUUUUUCAAUAAUUGCACUGUGGGAAAUCUCGAAGUAAUCUUCAAAGUACUGCACACCUUAUCCGUUCCCUAUGCAAUAUAUAAUAUUAUAGGAAA